AUGCAAAAUAGCUUAAAACCUUCCGAUUUAUUGUGCGUUGGUUUAUUCAGUAAACAUCAGGCAUUCUUUACACAAAGUAUGUGUCAAAGUGAAAUCAAUUCAGGUAGAAAAUCUAUCGGAUCACGUCAAACAUUAAAAUCAAAUUUCCGCAUCAAUCACGUGUUCUUUUUCAAACAUCUCAGAAUAAUUCAAGAUAUCUAA